AGUGGGCUAUGGCCACUAGGCAGGAAAAACCGAAGCAGGUAGAUAAACACUGCUGUGUAGCCGGUCGAGCAACAACUUCCAUUCCAGACCUGGCUACGUGGUCAGUUUUGACGCGAUGUAAAGUGAACAGGCAGAUCGACUUCCUCUCCCUUUCAUCUGGGACGGACACGAAUCACAGAAAAGAUGGCUGUCGAAAAUGUGAGCGUGGUCUUCAAGCUGUACUGCCUGACAGUGAUGACACUGGUGGCGGCUACAUACACAGUGUCACUGCGGUACACGAGGACCAUCUCAACAGAUCUGUACUUCUCCACGACUGCUGUGUGCAUCGCUGAGGUCGUUAAAUUAAUACUGAGUCUAGGGAUGCUGUCAAAAGAAACAGGAAGCCCCACCAGACUGAAGAAUGCUUUAGUGGAACAUAUAUUCUGCAGCCCCAAAGAACUGCUGAAGCUGAGCGUGCCCUCUGUAGUGUAUGCAAUUCAGAACAACAUGGCCUUUGUUGCCUUGAGUAACCUUGAUGCAGCGGUUUAUCAGGUGACCUAUCAGCUGAAGAUCCCGUGCACAGCCUUGUGUACAGUCUUCAUGCUGAACCGCUCUCUUGGCCGGAUGCAGUGGUUCUCUGUCUUCAUGCUCUGCGCGGGCGUAACACUUGUCCAAUGGAAGCCUGGAGAGGCCACUAAGGUUCAGGUUGAGCAAAAUCCUUUGUUUGGGUUCAUCGCCAUUGCUAUUGCUGUCCUUUGUUCAGGGUUUGCAGGUGUGUACUUUGAGAAGGUGUUGAAGAGCUCAGACACGUCUCUGUGGGUGAGAAACAUCCAGAUGUACCUGUCCGGUAUUGUGGUCACACUGUUUGGUGUUUACAUAAACGAUGGUGAGAAGAUCCUGGAGAAAGGUUUCUUCUUCGGUUAUACGCCCUUGGUGUGCUUUGUAGUAUUCUUGGCCAGUGUGGGUGGUCUCUACACGUCGGUGGUAGUGAAGUACACAGACAACAUCAUGAAAGGCUUCUCUGCUGCAGCCGCCAUCGUUCUCUCAACAGUGGCGUCUGUCGUCAUGUUCGGACUAAAGAUAACGAUCCCAUUUGCCUCCGGAGCACUCCUGGUGUGUGUUUCCAUCUACCUGUAUGGAAUUCCGAAGCAAGAAACAUUAAAGCUGAGCCCGAAAGAUAAAGACGAGGAGUCCAAACAGAGACUGAUCACUGUGUGAGACGCCGACCUCCGAGAGUCUCUCUCUCGCUGGUGGACCUGGUCUGUUAUAAAGAGCUCCUGCACUUGGGAGCCAAAUGAACACUCGGUUGAGUCGUCUCUGUGUUCAGGUCACCAUAUAGACGACAGCUUUUGAUCCACUUCAAUUGUAGAUACACGCAAUCUUUCAGUUGAUACGAAGAAAAGAAAACCCACAUUUGAUCUUAAACUGGCCUUUAUAGCUAGCCGUUUAAAGUUCGUAAAUGUUCUAGGCGGCGUAUAAAUAUCACAACUUCUUAUCAUGUAGUUGUUUUUGGGGGUAAUUAAUGUUUUACACUGUGCAAUGUUAUUGUCUGUAUCAUAUAGUGCUGAUUCUGAAGGAGAAUGAAAUACUGCAUAUGUGAUUAUAAGUUUAUAAUAUCUCUUUAGUGUCUUGAAUCUUUUGUAUCACAACAGUGUUGCAUUGUGUUUUGAAAGUCGCUUUAAAAGCUUUCAUUGAAACCUAAUGGAAAAAGCAACGGCAACUACUUUUACUCAACAUGAGCAGUUAACAUGUACGACAUACUUCAUGAUUGGACUGGUCUAACCAUGUAUGCUCUUUAUAUCUAGUUACUUACCUGGAACUAUAGGAGUCGAGUUACAUCCCUUUGCAUUUUGUGUUCGACUAAUCUCCAGCUGUCAACUGACGACCAACUGGCUUUGAUGAAUGUGUGUGAGUGGAAACUACCCGAGACGAGAGGACAAGAAAAAGCUCCUGUGAAUUGAGGACGAUGGUAUUUUAUUUUGAAAAUGUAAAAGGCAUGUAUUUAUAGUAAAGAUGAACUAAAGCAGUUAAAAUAACAGUGAUGUAAUACAGUUAAGUUUCACAUUUUAUCAACUGGUGUGAUGCCCAGGAUCCUCAUCCCAUUGGCCAGGACAGAGCAGGCCCCGCUGAACAGUCGUAACCUUGCCUGUUGACAUUCGGCAAAUGAGAUAAGAACGCUUAAUUUUUUGCAAUUAAGAGCAUUUUCAUUUGUUUAUCACUGAGUUUAGCUGAACCAGGAUGGAAUUUACUAUCCGUCUUCAUGCUUUUUCUCAAUGCAUUAACAGGCCGAUUUUUCUGUGACGUGAUGCAGAUGAUUAGUCGUUUUACAUCAGGAUCUCAAAAAGUGCUAUUUUCAAAUUGCAAGACGAGCAAUGGUAAUAUUAUUAGCAAUGUCUUAUACUGUAAAAACAUAACCUGCGACCAUCUGUAAAUAUAAAUGUUUCCUGCAAAUGUAUUCAGCUGCAGAAAAUAAACAUACAAAACUG